CGAUUAACUAAAGUUACUUUGUAGUGUCGCCUUGUAGGCUACAAGUUGUAGCAUAUACAGCUUUCUAUUAAACGUUUAUUGUCUUUCUCUCUACAUCAUUCUACAUCCCGAUUAAUUCAUCUGCCCUGAUUUCGAUAAGAACUUAUCAAGAAAAAGACUUGUGCGCCAUUAUCACAAGUUUAUAUUUAUCUAGAUUGAUAAAAACGAGUUUUUUCUUCAUCGAGUGGAGGAAAUCAAUAAUAAGCAAAACCGUUGAAGCAAAGAAAUAUUCCAGUACUUUGUAAGCGGUAUAGCAGGUUUAAAAGUUCUUCUAUUGAAUCAGUCGGCCGAAGGAAAUUAGCAAAGAUGCAGUACUCAACGCGAUUUGAUGCAAAUAAAAAGGUUUGGUUUGGUCCAAGUAGUGACUUUAAAAUAGAUAAGCAAACCAACUUUGGUGAUAUUCUCUUGGAAAACCUUAACGAUACUGAUGCCGAACGGGUGAUACAAAUUAAUGGUGACACCGGCGAAACACUCACAAAGGCUGAAGUUCGUAAGCGGACGAUACGAUGUGCUCAAAAUCUGAUUCGAUUGGGAUGCAAACAAAAUGAUUGUAUCAGCAUUAUUUCGCGUAAUCAUCACAAUUUAACGCCGCUUCUAUAUGCAGCAAUUUGCAUUGGAUCUCCGGUUAGUCCAUUGGAUGUUGUGACAGUGAAAGAUGGAAUUUCUUUGAUUCUUCAAAGAGUAAGACCAACAUUUAUUUUCUGCGAUUCUGAUGUUUUGCAAACGAUUAAGGAAACGACCACCGAUAUUGGAUUGAAUACAAAGCUGUUUACGGUGAAUGGAUCACUCAAUGGAUUUGAUUCAAUCGAUAGUUUAAUGGUUGAAACUGGCACUGAAGACUCUUUUGUGUGUGCAAAAAUAGCCGAUGCAUGUUUGCAAACGGCUGUAAUUUCUUGCUCUUCUGGUUCCACCGGACUUCCAAAGUCGAUUUGCAUGAGUCAUGCCCUUUUUUUGAACAUGUUUUCGAAUCGAAUUUCUCAAUUUCCAUUCAUUAGUUUGAGCUUUAGUUCAUUGUAUUGGUUAUCUGGCAUUUGGGCAAGCAUAUCACCGGCUUUUAAAAAUACCCGUAUCUUUACCACGAAACCAUUUUCUGCUGAACUAUUUUACGAGUUAGUGGUAAAACAUAAGAUUCAAUUUUUCUUUGGUCCACCGUGUCAAAUGCAAGCAUUUCUUAAGAGUGAGCAAUGUGCUAAGGCUGAUUUGUCAUCACUUUUGGCGUGUUUUAUUAUUGGUGGCUUCAUUCCAUCCGUUUUAGUUCAAACGCUAAAAAAAUUCCAUCCAAAAUGCAGUAUGCUUACAGGUUACGGAAUGACGGAAAUUGGUGGAGGCGCGAGUUGUACUGCACCAAAUGAAUUGGAAGAAUAUCCAAAUUCUGUUGGGCGCUUAGUUCCAGGCGCAAAAAUGAAAAUAAUAAGUGAAAAAACCGGCGAAAAGUGUGGAAUCGGUAAAGAAGGCGAGAUUUAUGUGAAGAUUCCAGUUCCAGCAAUCGGAUACUAUAAAGAUGAAACAGCCACUCGAAGUGCCUAUGAUAGUGAAGGGUAUUUUAUCAGCGGUGAUCUUGGCUAUUUCGAUGAAUCUGGUCGGCUGAUUGUUGUCGGAAGAAAAAAAGAAAUUUUUAAAAACUGUGGAUUCUCCAUUUGGCCGGCUGAGCUUGAGGAUCUCAUCAUAAAAAGUCCAGCCAUUAAAGAGGCUUCUGUUGUUAGUGUCUAUGAUGAUGAAGCAGUGACAGAUUUACCCGCUGCACUUGUUGUGAAACAAGAUAAUUGUUCAAUAACAGAAAAUGAAGUUUAUGCUAUUAUUGCCGAUCAAUUGCCUAGUUACAAGCAUCUUGAUGGUGGCGUUUACUUUGUUGAUGAAUUGCCAAUGACACCAUCCGGCAAAGUUAUCCGAUACAAAGUUCAGAAAAUGGCACAGAAAUUCUAUCAACAACGAAAAUGCGGUCUUUAACAUAAAAUUCAAUGAUAAAGGUUCGAUAUUUAAAAUGAAUGAAAUUACUAUGAAUGGAUUUAUUAUUUUGUAUAUGUCAAUAAUAUUGAAUGUUAAUUUACAACAAUAAAAGCGUUUUUAUCACAACAUAAA